AGCCAAACACGAAUACUGUUUCAGACCAAAGAUCACUUGAGAAGAAGAAAUGGCGAAAGAAGCACUUAUUGCGUACAGAGCGGUGCUGAGAGCCACUCGGAAAACGUUUGCCGGAGACACUCUCAUGCUCCGGGAGUCCGCCGCCGAGGUCAGGAAGAAAUUCGAGGAGAACCGUCACGUGACUUCCCCCGCCGACCUACAGCGACUGCUUGAAGAGGCGCGUGAGGCAUCCCAAUUCAUCGCCACCAUGAUCGUCCAGGCCAAGCUCAAUGAACGUGGUGGUUACGAAGUGAAGCCGAGUAAAGAGCAUGCAGGAGCUACACUUGAAAUUCCUUCGGAAGAGAUUCUCAAGAAGGCAAUGUGAGGAGAGAACAUUGGCAAUAAUACACAAGGACUUUUAUCUUCUAACCUUUGUUAUGAUUCUGGUUGAUAUGCUUAGGUGGUAUUCUUAUGAAAACAAUUUUGAAUCUUAUUUUUCUUUAUUGAUUUCCUUUAUCAUCUGUAUUGCUUUUUCUAAAAUUGUACUGCUAUUUGAAAUGCUUUUAUGAUUAAAUUAUCAUAAGCUGUCGAGGUUGGCACCAUCUUGCUUCA